AUGGCCAUUUACCUCGGCCUGAUCUUACACCUCCUCCUCCUCCUUAACCCUAGAAGCCUUGGAGCACCUCACCAGGAGCCUCUAGUCCAACUCUACCACCGUAAUGACACAUCCAUAUCCGUAGAGCUCUUCGCAAAGCUCGAGGAACUCGCCCGCAUAGUCGAUAUAUCCUACUGUGUUGGUACAGCCGGCCUAGGCAUCCAGAAACCCUUUCAGUGUGUCAGCCGCUGUGGGGAGUUCCAGAACUUCGAGCUUGUGACUACGUGGAAUACAGGCCCUCUACUCUCUGACUCGUGUGGCUACAUAGCAGUAUCACACCCUCCGUCGCCUCCACGUAUCGUUCUAGCUUUCCGUGGCACCUACUCGAUUGCGAAUACUAUCAUCGACCUGUCCACCGUUCCUCAGGAAUACGUCCCUUACCCAGGGGACGACGAUGACGAUUCAAGUUUUUCAGACUUGAUAAAUCCGAGCAUCGUAGACCAGAAACCGUUUGAAGACAUGCCCCCACCUGCACACCCUCCAAAAUGCGAAAAUUGUUCGGUGCACACUGGCUUCUACACCUCGUGGCUGCAUACUCGCAAAGCCAUCCUUUCUGACUUGACAGAGGCUAUCGGCAAGUACCCGAACUAUACACUGACAUUGGUUGGACACUCGCUCGGCGGAGCUGUUGCCGCGCUGGCUGGCCUUGACUUCAUCAAUCGGGGCUGGGAUCCUCGAGUUACUACAUUCGGAGAACCACGAGUAGGGAACAAGGAGCUAAUGACCUACAUCAACGACCGGUUCAACAUCACCCCCAACAGUACAACCAACAAAUUUCACCGCGUAACCCAUGUUAGCGAUCCUGUCCCCCUCCUCCCGCUCGCUGAAUGGGGCUAUAGUAUGCAUAGCGAGGAAAUAUUCAUCGCCGCACAAGACCUGCCUCCCUCUAUCGCUGACAUCCGCUAUUGUAAAGGAAAUGAAGAUCCGCGAUGCAUUGCCGGUACCGACGCUGACCGACCGUCCUGGGGUAUUCCUGCUCGAUUCAAGUUCUGGGAGCUCUUCUUUGCCCACAGAGACUAUUUCUGGAGACUAGGUCUGUGCGUUCCCGGUGGUGAUCCUAAAGAUUGGUAUAGGAAAUAUCCAAAGCCUGGAAACGGAGAUGGAGAGGGGGGGAAUGUCAUUGAAGAAGUUAACGAACUCUGA